AUGGCAGAAACUGUAACGAAUUCGAACUCGGUUGAAAAUACUACUGUAUCGGCAACUCAAAGUUCUGAACAAUCUAAUGAGUCAACUCAAAUACAACUGGAAGAAACUUCUGGCAUAACACUUAAUUCCGAGCAUGAAAAAAUAUUAAAUGAUCAAAUCCUUCCUGGAAAAACGAAAGCAUCUUAUAGUCAAUUAUAUCGGUUCGCUACGAAACGCGAUUGGUUGAUUAUGAUUAUUGGUCUGGUAUUUGCUGGCUCUGCCGGUGCAACUAUGCCUUUAAUGACGAUCAUUUUUGGAAGGAUGAUCGAUUACUUUACUCUCUUUUUAACUCAUAAAAUAACAGGAGAUGAAUUUUCCACUGAAAUUAACCUUUAUUCCUUAUAUUUCAUAUACCUCGCCAUUCUUACCUUUGUUGCCACUUAUAUAUAUAUGGCAACUUGGGUAUACACUGGAGAAAGGCAGGCUCGGAAGAUUCGGGAAAAUUAUCUCCGUGCCGUUCUCCGCCAAAAUAUUGCCUAUUUUGAUGGUAUUGGUCCCGGUGAAAUUACUACUCGCAUUUCUUCUGACACUCAUUUGAUUCAAGAUGGUAUAAGUGAAAAGGCCUCGGUUGCUUUCCAGUAUAUCGCCCAAUUUAUUUCUGCCUUUAUAAUCGCGUUCACUACGAAUUGGAAAAUGACUUUGGUGAUUUGUUGCGUAAUUCCUAUAAUCGGAAUAAGCAGCGUAACAAUUAACAAAUUUAACACCCUUUUUACGAGACGAAGUUCUGAUUUCUAUUCAUUAGCUGGAUCUAUUGCCGAAGAAUCUAUUUCUGCUAUUAGAACUACCGUAUCAUUUGGUGCUCAAAAAAAAUUAUCUGCUCUUUACGAUGCUUAUUUAGUACAUGCAAGGCGUGAAGGGAUUAAAAAAUCAAUUACAAAUAGUUCUGGUGUCGGUGCUCUAUUCUUUUUCGUUUAUUGUACUUACGCUUUAGGCUUUUGGUAUGGUUCAACUUUACUUAUUUCUCAUGAAGUGUCUCCUGGCCAGGUUGUAAAUGUUUUCUUUGCCGUAAUUAUUGGUGCAUUUUCUCUUGCACAUCUCGCUCCAGAUAUACAAGCUUUUGGACUUGCUGUCGGUGCUGGUGCAAAGAUUUUUGAAACAAUUAAUCGUAUUCCACCGAUAGAUUCUUAUUCUAAAGAUGGUGAACAACCUUCUAGUUGUGAAGGUCGAAUUCAAUUUAAAAAUGUUUCAUUUGUUUAUCCUUCUCGACCUAAGGUUAGAACUUUAAAUGAUGUAUCGUUGGAUAUUGAACCUGGUACUACUGUCGCUCUUGUUGGUACUUCUGGAUCUGGAAAAA